AUGAAUGUGUCUUCAACAGAAAAGAAAUUAGACAACGUUGACAUCAAGUUUGCGGCCAACCAUGAUACAACCAAAAGUCAAACACAGGGCCGUCCCUACCUGGGCGACACUCUGCUAGGAGCAGCAAAUUUGAGAAGAAAUGUACCAAACGUUUUUAAAGAAACAUUUUACGAUAUAUGUAGCUCUCUUUUAAAAUCAGGGUAUGGGGAAUGUCAAAGAAAUAUAUAUGCAUGUCUCAAUGCACCUCAGGGUCAAUUGGCUGCAAUAAUUGCGGUGUUUGGUUUCAUAGCAAAUGUGCCAAUGUCAGAGGGAAAAAAGGCCGAAGGGCUAAGAUGGGUUUGCCACAAGUGUAAGGAUGUGAAGGUUAAAACUGUCAUGAAUAAUAAUGACAAGUCCUUAGAAGAUUUAAUAACUAGUAGAUUGGCCGAAUUCCAGGAAGAGAUUGGCAACAUGUUUAAGACUCAGCUGGAUGUCUUGACUGAUCGACAGGAUAGAAUCAUUCAGGAUAAUUCUCAGUUGAAUUCUCAAAACCAGGCACUUGCUGAAAGGGUUCUUCAAUUGGAAAAUCAAAGGGAUUCUGGACAUGAUUGUACCGUAGUUACCGAGGAAGACCAAGAAGUGCUUAAAAAACUGAAAAUUAGGUGGAUUUGUGACCCAUGUACGUAUAGUGAAGUUAGAAAAUCGCUAAACAACGUGGCCAGUCCCACAAAAGAAAAUGACAAAGCUCAGAAAAUCAUUAUGGCGAGCCUAGAUGAGCUGAAAAAAGAAGUUCGCGACCUUAGGUAUGACCUUAAGUUCUACGCAGAAAAAUAUGAGGAGCAACAGAAAAAAAACCUACACUUUGAUACAGAAAUUGAAGCAUUGAAAGUGGAAAACGCAAAAAUCAUGAAAGAACUGUCCCGUAUCAAAGGAAAACAUGACAACAAUGACUUGCGAAUAAAAAAUAUUAUCAUGAUGGGCAUAAAAAGUUCAACAGAUGAAACAGAAAAAAACCCAGACGAAAUCAAACAAAGAGCAUCCAAGGUGCUAAGCUUUAUUGACCCCAACCAUAAUAUCUCCAUAGACGACAUCAGGCUAAUAAACAAAAAAGAAAAUACUCCAAUAUUAGUAUCGUGCAAAACACUUGAGCAAAAACUAAAUUUCAUGAAACGAAGAAAAGGGCAAAAUCAUUGUGGCUUCUCUGGAUCAAACAACAUAUUUUUAAAUGAAGACCUCUCUAAGGAGAAUAGGGAAUUGUUAAAAAAGGCACGAUCCUUACGUGAUAAAGAAUACAAGUAUGUUUGGACUGUAGCAGGCAAAAUCUACGUCAGAAAAGAGGACAAAAGUGAAAAAAUUCGGAUUUUUGACGAAAGUGAUCUGGCUAAACUAUCAUGA